CUCACACGAUUCCUCUCUGCCUGCUUCCUGCACACCUGUCUGUCUCAAUAUUCCCGCCAUGAAUACUUCGAUUUCAAGCGACCCUUCUGCAGUAUGUCCCAGGAUCGCCGGCCUGUGGGCUCGAGUUCCUCCAGCUUGGGAAUCAGCAAACUACACAGAGCGAGCAUGCUCAGCACCCGCCUGCAACAACUUCCCAAGCACUCUGGCAACCUGCUGCGGCCGUGAGGAGACCGCCCUCGAUUACUUCAACACAACAAUCGGACCCUACGUAUCUUGCAACCUCGAUUCAAGCGACGACGAAGCAUAUCAAAAGUACCAGCAAUGCCUACUCUCGAACUUUGUAACCCCAUUCAAAUGCAACGACGACGAUGGCCUCACAAACUCAGAUGUCUGUCAAGGAGGCACAGCAGCACCGCCUCAAGACCCAGGCCCAGGAGAACAGAUCUGUGCCACACAAGCCACGCCCAAUGCAACUAGAGCGAUGAUCUCAUGUUGCUCCAAUGCUGCAGCCAAUGGCACUGGUCUGAUACCCUUUGACAAUGGCUGUAACAUCGCAUGCUCUUCAGAGUCCACGGAUGGACAAUUUUCAAAGUGUUUGUCUGACGCCUUCGACCCUCAGAUUGGAAUCGUAUGUUCGAAGCAAGAGGACUCAAAGGCUUCGAACAAGGAUGGAGAUACCAGUGGCGCAUGCCAGGGCCCACUGCCUAGUCUGGGUGUUUUGGGGGUCGCUGUGUUGGCGUUGCUGGCUAAUUCCCAGCACAGUAAUAUUUGACACUGCCAUUGCUCAGCCUGAUUCAUCAAAUAUAUAGAAGGGCAUGCGUAUAGGUAGGCGACUUUAGACAACUGUUGAACUGGACUCGUGAUCGCUAGUUCUGAAUCCAC